AUGAGUAGUGAUAAUGGUACUGUUGAGAAAAAUGGUAAAGAAAAGCUUAUCCCGAUGAAGGAUAAGUCUGCGUUAGUCAUAGAUGACCGGAAGAUAUACAAAAUUCAGCAUAAACGGCAAAGACAGAUUUUAUCGUGUGUAGCGUGCCAUAAGAGAAAGAUCAAAUGUGAUCGGGCCAAACCAGUUUGUGAGAGUUGUGGGAAGAACGGAUGGGAAUGUUUAUAUUUUUUGAACGCCAGAGUGAGUCGUGGUGGGAAACACAACAUCUCUACCGGUACGGAAGACGUUACAGCGAGUGAAGCCUCGAAGGAAGAGUUACUGAAAGUUAUAGAAAAGGCGAAAGUACUAGAGUUGGAACAGCAAAGACAUCAGCAGCAGAAUAAGAACGAUAAUAGUAGUCAGAAACAACAGAGAUUGGGAAAGGGAACCGGAAGUAGACGAAGUAGGCGCAAUUGCAACAAUGGUAAUAAUAGCGUUGACAGCAACAACAUAAAUGGUGACACGUCCAGUAAUAUUAUGAAGGCUAAUCGUCGGAUCCAACCGAAAAUAUCGGAAGCUAGGGAUACAUCCAAUCACAGGUCGGAAAUGGCUUCACAGACGAUUUUAGAUAACGAUUCCAUGCAAGCGAAUAGCAGCGAUACCUCUGGAUCAGCAUCACAGGAGUUCGCGAUUCCCGAUAGUUUGAAACCAGUUUGGGAUCUUCUACCGUCUACGGAAAGGUCAGACGAGCUUUAUCUCAUGUAUAUCCAGAAUGUCCACAUGAUACUACCAUUGCUAGAUUUGGAACAAUACGAAGUGGAUCAUCAACAGUUUUGGGAAGCUAUUACAUCUGGUAAUAACUUACAAAAACCAGAUUUCUUGCUUCUUUUGUUCCCCAUGCUUUACGCAAGUGUAAAGUCUCUAUACCACAUGCUGGAUAAAGAUCGGUCGGAGGAUUUGCUUCUGGAGAUGGCCCAAUAUAGGACGGCGUGUCUUAGACUUUAUUCAAUUUUUGACUUCCCAAAUAAGUACUCGUUACGCAUUCUUACGGGGUUUGUUCUUUUGAAUUCCGUGAUUGAAAACCCUAGUGUCACAACGAUCGCACAACUAGUAAGGCUAUGUCAAAGAGCUAGAUUGACCAAGGAUCCUGUGCUUUUGGGGCUGAAUGACCCAAAGAGUAUACAGACGAAGAGAAUUCUAUUUUGGCAGAUAUUUCAGUUGGAUACCAUGACAUCGUUACACAAUAACUUGGCUCCUCUAAUCAAACUUGAUGAGUUCGACACUUCAUUACCAGUGGAAGUAAUAAACGGUACGUUGAAUCCGUCCCUAUGCUACAUUAAUGCAAACUACAGAUUCGUGCUCUUGUUAAAUGAGCUUUGUCAAAAGAAGGGCUCAUUUGGUGGCAUAAAGGAGAGAAUUGUGGAUUUGCACGUAUGUUGCAUGGGAAGUGCUCUUUCCUUAAACAAUCAUCUCACUACGUACAAAUUAUCGCUACAUCAGGUGAAGUUUAUCCAUUGGGCAAUGUACAUGCUGAAUACGUUAGCAGAUAGAUCGUUACUCUUGUUGCAUUUGAACAUAAUUUCGACAUCGAUUCCAACUCUCCAUGAUAGGAAAUUAUUGAAACAGGAUAUCAGCCUUUGUAAGGACCCAAUCGUGGAAAGUGGAUAUGGUAAAGAUUACAAUGUAAUACAAACGAUAUUGAACAACUCUGGGAAUCUGGAUCUGUCAGUGCAAGACCAAAUGAAACAGCAAACGCCGUUAGUGUACAAUUUCGAGAAUUUAACCAAUAAUUUGGUUCCAGCAUCUUUACACUUCUUAGACGAGUUUGUGAAAUAUCAUUCCACUGACGAAUAUGCUUGUUUCAACUGGGAACUCUUGGUGGGGAAUAUGCCAAUAAAUGCGAUCACUUUUGCGUUGAAAAUGCUCGCAUUAGACGUGAACCGUGCAGAAAAGAUGGGAAACAGAUUAGUUUUGAACACCGAUCUUCGAUUUAUCCUUUUAUCCAAGGCCAUCCCUAUAGUGGAAUCAAGGUUCGACGAGAAGACAGCUAUUUCAAGACAUUGCUUCCACUUGGCAAAACUUUUGUUCAAAUUACUAAUAGUCCGUUUCGGUAACUCGACUGCUGAGCCGAUUGCUAAUAAAUACGAUAUUACUCUUUCCAUCACGAAAGAGGUGCCUCAACCUACAUUGAACCAUGACCCCGAACAAGAUAAAUCUCCUUCUCCGGCGUACCCCAUCCGGUCUGAUGCAGAUACCAGGUCCAAUGUCACAUACAUCAUGAACAGUUCAAUCCCGUCGCCCACAUCUCAUGGAUCUCCAAGAAACGCAGCGUUAGAAAUGCUAGCCAAGGAUGCUACCGGAGCGAACAACAACAUCGCGCAACCCGAAUUUUUCGAUGACAGCUUCUUUUUCAGUGGUAAUCUAAUAUACAACUCUGAGUUACUCGAAGAAAAAAACAACAUCACCACGUCAUGUGCCCAAAUUGCUCCUCGUACCAUGAAAGCAAUUUCUUCUAACGAAUUCAACAUGAAUCCAAACUCUCAUUCGCUCAUGCAAUGGGACGAUAUCCCAUAUUUCAUGACUACAAAUCUAAACCCAGAUACAAAUACAAACACCUCGCCCCAAAUGUCAGAUACCCAGGACACCAUGAGAAUUAAUAACAACAACAACAACAACAACAACAACAUACCCCAGGCAUUGCCAUCAUUAUCGUCAUCCUCAUCGUACAUGGAGACUGAAAUCAAGGCAAUCUACAAACAAGUACAAGAUUACAUAGUCCUCCUCGAUAGUACCGACCACGAGCUGGAAUUCGUCGCCAGCGGCGACGAAUACUACCGAGAGUUUGAGAACGCCUUGUUGGAAGUGUUAUGCGGGAUUCUUAUCCAAUAG